CAAAAUUACGGUAGUGUCUACAACCACAUACAUAACUAAUUCGAUGUAAUGGGUAUUGCAUGUGUUGUGAAUAAAUGAAUGUGAAUUGGCGCAUGUGUUUUUCGAUGGGGAUUUGCCGAAUUGAAAGAGGCGAGGAAGUAGAAGGAGACAGCGGACGCAGUUAUAAAAAUCGCUGCCGAAAUUUCUAGGUCCAUUAGUUGCUGGCCGGCUUUGCAUCAGACGCAUUCGACGCUUCAAUCGAGUAUUUCCUCGUCACUCCGGGAAUCAUGUCACUCAACGCUCCAUAUAUUCAAUUUUACAACGGAAAUAAGAUUCCCAGUUUUGGCCUGGGAACAUGGAAGUCAAAACCAGGCGAGGUGACUCAAGCUGUUAAGGAUGCUAUCGAUGUGGGCUACAGACACAUUGAUUGUGCUCAUGUUUACGGAAAUGAGAAGGAAGUGGGCGCUGCGUUGCAAGCGAAAAUUGAUGAAGGAGUUGUUAAACGUGAAGAUCUAUUCAUUACCAGUAAAUUAUGGAACACUUAUCACACAACUGAUCUCGUUGAGCAUGCCAUUAAGCAAACACUGAAGAACCUCCAACUCGAUUAUUUGGAUCUCUAUCUGAUCCAUUGGCCAAUGGCUUACAAGGAGGGUGAUGAACUGUUCCCAAAUAAUGCCGAUGGCACUCCUAUUUUAAGCAAUACCGAUUAUCUCGAUACGUGGAAGGGUAUGGAGGAUGUUCUCACCAAGGGCUUAACGAUGAAUAUUGGAGUUAGCAAUUUCAAUUCUGAGCAAAUCGAAAGACUGUUGAAGAAUUGCAAAGUGAAACCGGUGACAAAUCAGAUUGAAUGUCAUCCCUACUUGACACAAAGACCCCUCACUGAAUUCUGUAAGUCGAGGGACAUUGUUAUCACCGCUUACAGUCCCUUGGGAUCUCCUGAUAGACCGUGGGCUAAGCCAGACGAUCCCAAACUACUUGAAGAUAAAAAACUGUUGGAUCUCGAGGAAAAAUAUAAUAAAACUGGUGCCCAGAUUCUCAUUCGAUAUCAAUUGGAUCGUGGACACGUCGUGAUACCAAAAUCCGUUACAAAAUCUCGCAUCAUACAGAACAGUCAGGUCUUUGAUUUCAAACUUGAUAAGGAUGAUAUCGAGUAUAUCGACCGUUUUAAUGUUGGUGGUCGCAUAUGUCCUAUGAAUGGGUGCGAGCCAAGUCCACAUUAUCCAUUCCAUAUUCCAUUCUGAAGUGGAAGCAUCAUCAAUUGCUUUUAUUGCCAGCUAGUGAUGAUACAUUUCUUUUAUAUAAUUCAAUGACAUACAUAGUUAUGAUUUCCUUCUUUUCAUAAAUAUUUUAGUUGAAUAUUCUUGUUUGAACCGAAAUAUUAUAACUUUUCCAAAUAAGUUUCAUAGUCUUUGGGUUCAAUACCAGCCACAUCCCCUUCGUAAAUACCAUAAUUUUGAAAUAUUAAAAUGUAACAUUGCGUCAUGAGCGAAGCUGUCGGAAGAGAGGACCUGUACACCUACAUAAGAAAUUAAAGCCAUGGAAAACUCCUUUCAGCAUAUUUGUCAACUCAC